CAAAUGAGGGAAUUUAAAGUUGUUGUUCUUGGAUCAGGCGGAGUUGGGAAAUCUGCUUUAACUGUCCAAUUUGUUUCUAAUAAAUUUAUUGUAAAAUAUGAUCCGACAAUUGAAGAUUUUUAUAGAAAAGAGAUUGAGGUUGAUGGACAGCCUUGUGUUCUUGAAAUUCUCGACACUGCCGGGACUGAACAAUUUGCCUCAAUGCGGGAUUUAUAUAUAAAAAAUGGCCAGGGUUUCCUCGUGAUAUAUUCAAUUACCAAUCAACAGAGCUUUCACGAUAUCCGAACUAUGAGAGAUCAAAUAAUCCGCGUUAAGGGUACUGAUCAAGUUCCGAUUUUAUUAGUUGGAAAUAAGUGUGAUUUGGCACAUCAGAGACAGGUUCGGUCUGAAGAUGGUGCUGCUUUAGCAGAAUAUUGGGCUUGCCCUUUUGCUGAAUGUUCUGCAAAAAGUGCUCACAAUGUAAACACAGUUUUUGCUGAAAUUGUUAGGGAAAUUAAUUAUGUACAAAGUGCUAGGCAAAAACAAAGGCAUUCUUGUUGUGAAAUUAUUUGA